GAGGUGUGGAGCGUGAACACACGCCAUGUUAGGGCACUUCUACUUCUGGCAGCGACAGGGCACUCCGUGUGGAAUACUGUCCCUGCUCCUGCCCGCUCCCUGACUGCUGCUUGGUCUUCAGGAGAACUAUGCCAUUUUUGGGUCAGGACUGGAGAUCUCCUGGAUGGAGUUGGAUUAAAACAGAAGACGGCUGGAAGAGAUGUGAGUCCUGCAGUCAGGAACUUGGAAGAGAGAGUGACCAGUGUAACAUCAGUCACAACAUUGUCUUAAGUAGUGAAGAUGAAGAAAUAUUCAACGAUGAGGAGCAAGAAUAUGCAUCCAAAAAAAGGAAAAAGGACCAUUUUAGAAAUGACACAAAUGCUCAAAGUUUUUAUCGUGAAAAAUGGAUCUAUGUCCAUAAAGAAAGCACAAAAGAAAGGCAUGGCUAUUGUACCUUGGGAGAAGCCUUUAAUCGGUUAGACUUCUCAAGUGCAAUUCAGGAUAUCCGAAGAUUUAAUUAUGUGGUCAAACUACUGCAGCUAAUUGCAAAAUCGCAGUUAACGUCACUGAGUGGUGUGGCACAAAAGAAUUACUUCAACAUUUUGGAUAAAAUCGUUCAGAAGGUCCUCGAUGACCACCACAAUCCUCGCCUGAUCAAAGAUCUUCUCCAAGACCUGAGCUCUACCCUCUGCAUUCUUAUCAGAGGACAGGGGAAGUCAGAAUUGGUGGGAAACAUCAACAUUUGGAUUUGCCGAUUGGAAACUAUUCUCACCUGGCAAGAGCAGCUGCAGAAUCUCCAGAUGACUAAGCAGGUGGACAGCAGGCCGACGCUGAGUGACCUUCCUCUGCACAUGCUGAACAACAUCCUGUACCGCUUCUCGGACGGCUGGGACAUCGUCACUCUGGGCCAAGUGACCCCCACGCUGUACAUGCUCAGCGAGGACAGGCAGCUGUGGAAGAGGCUGUGUCAGUACCACUUUCCUGAAAAGCAGUUUUGCAGACAUUUGAUCCUUUCGGAAAAAGGCCAUAUCGAAUGGAAGUCGAUGUAUUUUGCACUUAAGAAAUAUCACCCAACCAAAGAGCAGUACGGAGACACUCUGCACUUUUGCCGGCACUGCAGCAUUCUCUUUUGGAAGGACUCGGGACACCCCUGCACCGCGGCCGACCCCGACAGCUGCUUCACGCCUGUGUCCCCACAGCAUUUCAUUGACCUCUUCAAGUUCUGAAGCUGCCCCUCGCCCUGCCGUCCACUGGAGGCCGUCCUGGUCCUGUGCAGGGGUCCUCGUGUGCUCUGGGCCGGCGGGAGGAGGGCAUGGUCGUGCACAUGCAUCUUUGGCGGUCAGGGCCCCCGCAAAAUCAUUUCUACUUCUGUCUGUAAAAACUUUUCUUCUGAGCAUAUUGGGAUUUUUUUUCUGAGCAGUUUUUCAUGUUUAUAUAUAUGGUUCAAAGAAGAUUUUGAAUUUUCAACCCCCUGUUCUGUACUGAACUGACACAGAAGGCCUUCUAGAACAUGCUGCUCCAUUGUCAAAUCAUAGUUUCCCCAUUUUAUAGUAAUCGGAGUGGGAGACAAAACAGUUGAUCCUUGUAAAUACAUUGUGGAGAAUAUUUAUUUUUUCUUAAAAUGUAUUUUAACUGCAUUGGCCAUGCCCAAAUGAGUCCUCUUUGAAUACAAAACAGACCUAGGGAAGUGCUGGCACAUUCUGACUGGUGGUAGGGAGUCAGCUGUGCAUUGUGUGCUGUGACCCCAUGGGGCGGUGGCUUCCCGGGCACCAGGCAUAGGCCCGCGCAGGGCACCCGCUGCCGGGGGCCACACACACGUACACCUGGACUGUGCCCACCAACCCACGUGGGAGCGUGUGCCCAGACUGAGCUGGGAACAGCCACUGUGAUCUAAACUCCUUUUACAGACAGGAAUAAAUCACAUUUAUCCCAUUUACCUUCCUCAGUUUUGCAUCUUACUGGAAAACAUAGGGAUUCUGAUUUCAUUCAAGUCUUUAAAAGAUUGUUUUAAAAUAAUGCAUGUUCACUUUAGAAAAUUUUGAAAAUAAAGGUAUAUAAAAGAAAAUAAAAAUCACCCCCAGUGUUACUGCCCAGAGAUUACUGUGCAUGCCGAGAAAAG